AUGGCCAACGAGAAGAAGCCUUUCUGUCGCCUUCCAAAGGCUGUCACGCCGCGGAACUACGACCUAACUUUGAAGCCGAACUUGGACAGUUCUACCGUUGAAGGAUCACUGGCUAUUGCUGUACAAGUUCACCAGGAGACUAAAUUUGUGACGCUGAACUCCGUCGACAUUGUCAUCAACGAUGACCAAACGCUGUUUGUCAAAGUCGGCGAUAAAACGAUUUCCCAUGAAGCAAUUUCAUACUCGGUGCCAGAUGAGACGGUGACAGUGACCUUCAAGGAAUCGCUGCCAGUUGGCGAAGCUGUCUUGAACUUAAAGUUCAGCGGGAUCAUUCAGUCGUCAUUGCGUGGUUUCUACAAAGCCAAGUCUGGUGAAGCGACUGCAAUGACUCAGAUGGCUCCCACCGAUGCCCGUCGUGCCUUUCCGUGCUUUGAUGAACCGGCGCUCAAGGCUUCAUUUGACAUCACCCUCAUUGUACCUACUGACCCGAAGAUCAAGGCCCUUUCCAAUAUGGACGUUCUUGAGGAGAAGGUAGUCAACGGCUUCCGCGAGGUGCGCUUCUCUCGAACUCCGAUCAUGUCCAGCUACCUGGUUGCCUAUGCAAUUGGACAGUUUGACCGCAUUGAGUCGAAGACCACUGAUGGUGUAAAGGUGGGCAUUUACACACCGGUCGGCAAAGCAGAGCAGGGAAGAUUUGCUCUGGAUGUAGCGGUCAAGUCCCUCGACUUUUAUCGGGAGUACUUUGGCAUUCCCUAUCCGCUCAACAAAUGUGAUCUGAUUGCCUACCCAGAUCUUUCUUACGGCGCCAUGGAGAACUGGGGUCUAGUAUCCUACCGCCAAAACCGCCUUCUCGUUGAUUCAAACAACUCGAGCACAGCAACCAAACAGUCUACCGCAUUGGUUAUCGCUCAUGAACUAGCUCAUCAAUGGUUCGGUAACUUGGUGACGAUGGAGUGGUGGACACACCUCUGGCUGAACGAGGGCUUUGCCAAUUUUAUGGAAUAUCUGUGCAUCGAUAAGCUCUUUCCCGAGUACAACAUUGGAAAACUGUUUGUUUGCUAUGAGUUUUUGAGGGCACUGCAACUUGAUGGUCUUGACUCGUCGCACCCCAUAGAAGUGCCUGUUGGACACCCUGCUGAAAUUGACGAGAUAUUUGAUGCUAUCAGCUAUGCAAAGGGCGCCUCUGUCAUUCGAAUGCUCUACCACUACAUUGGAGAUGAGGCUUUCCGUAAGGGCAUGAAUUUGUACCUCACAAAACACAGCUACUCUAACACUGAAACGGAGGACUUGUGGGAUGCUCUGGAGGAGGCUAGUAAAUUGCCUGUCAAAAGCAUCAUGCGAAGCUGGACCUCGCAAAAGGGUUACCCAGUUGUCACUGUUUCAGUGAAGGAGAAGAAAGACAACAGCCAAACUAUCAGCUUGCACCAGAAAAAGUUCAAUCAAAGUGGAACUCUCUCAGAAGAUGACAAGAAGUACCUUUGGUCGGUGCCCCUGUCAAUCGUUUCGCAAUCUUCUCCGCAAAACAAAGUUCCCCUGUCAAGCACACUCUUCAAUACGCGAGAAUUGACCCUUUCAUCCUCGGUUGAACUGCUGAAGUUUGUCAACGCCUUUAAGGAUGAAAAGGACUACACUGUCUGGUUUUGUUUGUCUAGUAUUCUCCGCAAGUACAACCAACUGCUCGCCGGCACGACAAUCCACGAAAAGUACCGCCAAUGGGCAAAGGAGCUUAUUAACAACGGCAUCGGCCUGUACAUCAGCUGGGAGGCAAAGACUGAUGAGCCUCACCUCGAGAAGCUUCUUCGUUCAACUGUCAUUUCGCUGCUAGUGAACUUGGAAGACGAGAAAACGCUAGAGCACUGCGUAAAGCUGCUCAAAGAACAACUCGACGGUGGAGCAGCAAUUUCUGCUGACUUGCGAGAAACCGUCUACCGGGGCGCUGCUAUGAAAGCCGAUGUGACCGUUUUUGAGAAGCUGAUUAAGAUUUAUGAAGAAUCUGAUCUUCAGGAGGAAAAGCUACGGGCUAUUGUGGCUCUUGGAAGCGUUAAACAAGAGCAGCGAAUCACUGACAUUCUCCAGUACUCCAUCAGCGACAAGGUUCGCUUUCAGGACUGCGUCAACCUAAUCGAAUCGCUGGCUGCCAACUCUGCCGCUCGUGAAGAAGUCUGGAAGUUCCUCACUGCUAACAAGUCCAAGUUUAUCGAAAUGCAGAAGCAGUCGGGAAUUCUGUUUUCACGUGCUGUCAAAGCCAUGCUGCACAACUUUUCAUGUCAUCAACGCGCAAACGAGGUGGAUUCCUUCUUUCGCAGUAAUCCUUUUGAUGGUUCGGAGGUGCGAUCAGUGAGUCAGGCAGUUGAGACGAUUCACAUCAACGCCGAUGUUCUCGCUAGAGAUCUAAAGUCAUUGACGGACUUUUUCCAAGAGCUUUAA